AAAAAAUAAAAAAUAAAAAAGAAUUCUAAUUUAUUUUUUUUUCAUUUCCCCUCUAUCUUCUUCUUGCUAACAUCCGUAUCCAUGUCUCUACUCUUCUGUUCCUCUCCGUCUACUUUCUUCACUCCCACAUGCUCCUUUAAACCCAAAAACCCUUCUUUUUAUUCUUCUUCUUCUUCCUCCAAACCACCCCUCUCUAUAACGGCAGCAAUCCCAGCAGCUAGAGAUAGAGUCAUAGACUUUGGGAAAUACAAAGGAAAAAUGCUAGGUACGCUUCCUUCAAGCUACCUCAAAUGGGUCUCCAAGAAUCUCAGAGCCCGUGACUUCGAAGAGUGGGCGAAGCUAGCUGACCAUGUCCUCCAAGACCCUGUUUACCAAGAUCGCAUAGAGUGGGAAUUGGCACAAAAUGUUUUGAAUGGUAAUUCAUCAUCUUCUUCUUCUUCUUCAGGAAACUUGAGCGCUGUUGCUGAGUUGUUGGAAAUCAGUGAGAGGUUUGGUUGGGAUAAUAAUGACAAGGUUGGAUGGAGCAGAGUCAAUUUUGAGCUUUUGGGUACCUCUGAAGGGGGUAGAAUUCCAAGACUUUGUAAAGAUGGAGGCAAAAAAGAGAUGGGAAAGUAAAUGGGUAGGAAAGUUGAGGUUUUUCCUGAAGGUGGCGAGAAGAGAAGAGAGAUAAGGGAGAGACUAAGGGUAAGGAGAGAGGUGGGGAAGGAGGGGAAGUUGGGAAUUGUAGAGAAAGAUAGGGGUCUAUUUAGAAAUUCAGGGAUUGGUGAGGAGAAAGAGGAGGUGAGGUCUAAGAGAAACAAUGAGGAUGAUAAAGAUGGAAUGGUGGCGAAUUGGAAGAGCCCAUUUCCUGGACGUGAAGCUCUUUUGAAGAAGGUUGCAAACCGAAUGGAGUGGAAUUUGCAAAGCCACCAAGCUCUAACACACUUUAGAAUUGGUGGACAUUUUAUUGCAUCCUUUCCAGAGGAGGAUUUGCUACCUAUCACUCUUAGCUUUCUUGAGACGGAUAAACUUUUAAUCAAGAGUGAGUUGAUUUAAUGAGAUACGUGCAGACAAGUAUUUAAAUGCCUUGUAGUGCAGAUUUGCGCCAUUGGAGAAAUUGUGGAUUGCCAGCCAAAGGUGCCCGGAUCAGGGUAGCAACGGGGGGUGACAUUUGCGUUGGAGUUGUAAUUUAAAAGUUGUAAACGUUGUUAUUUAGAUUAUGACAGGGAUGAAGUUAUUUGUAGCUGGUAAUGUAUUUUAGUAACUUAAUGCAUUUUGAGGUAUAUAAAACCUCACUUAUUGCUUUUAAAUUGAAUUACUUAACUAGCAAGUUUUGGAAAUUGUAGUAUAGUGAGUUUUCUAGAUUUUCAAUGAGACACUGAAUCAAUUUUAAAUUUAUGGAGUUAUGUAGUUUUUAAUUUAAAAAUAUUAUAGUACGUGCAGUUCUGGAUUUA